GUCCCGGUCUAGAUCCCGUUCAAGGUCCCGAGGAAGAAGGUAUUCUCGGUCACGCAGUCGGAGUCGUGGUAGGAGAUCAAGGUCAGCUUCCUACCGCAGGUCCAGGUCAAUCUCUCCUCGUAGGUAUAGAUCAUUUUCACCCCGCAGAUCUCGGUCUGGUUCUUUAAGGAGAUCAAGAUCUAGGUCCAGAUCACGCUCAAGGUCCCGGUCUGUUGUAUGGCCUCGAAGCAGGUCUGGGUCCCAUGGUAGAUCUAAAUCUGGCUUACCUGCUAAAAGUCGCUCAAAGUCCAGAUCACCAUCUCCAAAGAGAAGUCACUCACCAUCAGGAAGCCCUUGAAGAAGUGCAAGCCCUGAGAGAAUGGAUUCAAAUUUAAAAAGUUGAAGAAAAUUUAUUUUGUUUACGCUAUUAUAAGGGAUUUUGUGGUGUCUUUAUAAAUGUAAGGGCUUAGUCCUAGAAGGCUGUUUCUAUUGACUAACAAUUGGCAUGAAUCUGGAUCUUUUAAAAGUCUUAUUAGUAGACUAAUGCAAAACUCUGUUGUGUUAACGUUCUGUGAUCUGAAAAUGUUGGGUUUUUUUAUUGGUGUGUUGAAAUAAACUGUGCAUUUCUAACUAAGAAAUACUUUGUGAU